CAUCCCAUCUGCCCUCACCCCUUACAUCAGACCCCCACCCCUUCAUUAUCUCAAUUAAUUUUCACUGUAACAUUUAUGUUUCCGAUCUCUCUCUUAUAUAUAUAUAUAUCAGUACUGGUUGGAAUUGAAAGAGUAUAUAUAUGUAUUUUUGAAAUUAUGGAGGAUACAUGUGUGUCUUAAAAUGGGGAAGCUGAAAAGGGUGUGUGUGUUCUGUGGCAGCAAUUCAGGGAACAGGGAGAUUUUCAGUGAUGCUGCUCUUGAUCUUGGAAGACAACUGGUGGAGAGGAAGAUGGAUCUGAUAUAUGGAGGAGGGAGCAUUGGGCUGAUGGGUUUGGUUUCUCAGACUGUUCUUCGUGGUGGAUGCCAUGUUCUUGGAGUCAUUCCCAGAGCUCUUGUUCCAGUUGAGAUAUCAGGGGAAGCAGUGGGAGAAGUGCUAAUGGUGUCUGAUAUGCACCAGAGAAAGGCUGAGAUGGCUUGUCGAUCUGAUGCCUUCAUUGCACUCCCUGGUGGGUAUGGAACCAUGGAAGAGCUGCUGGAGAUGAUAACAUGGUCUCAGCUUGGAAUUCAUAACAAGCCUGUGGGUCUCUUAAAUGUUGAUGGUUACUAUGAUUGGCUCCUGGGAUUGUUCGAUAAAGGUGUAGAAGAAGGGUUUAUUAAGCCAUCUGCCAGAAACAUUGUUGUCUCUGCACAGACAGCUGCAGAGCUUAUCCAGAAGAUGGAGGAUUACAUACCUUUGCAUGAUCAAGUAGCACCUAGUCAAAGCUGGAAGGCUCAAGAGCCUUGUGGUGCAGAUUCUUAGCAGCCACUUCUCUUCAAUCCUCCAGAAGGGCUUCUAGCUGUGAUGCUUCACAAAUAACAAGUGCCAUGGCAAGUGCAAUUGGGAUGAAAAAUAUACCCCCCUUUUGAGUUAUUGAUGAUUCGUCGAUUAACACUUUUAAACACAGAUUUGACUCCAACAGAUUGGAGAGAGAGAGAGAGAGAUUGGACUACAGCCAACCACUUCAUACAAAAAGAAAAAAAAGAAAGAAAAAAAGCAAAGUACAAAACAAAUUUCUAGCAGGAGUGCAAUGUAAUCUGUAUGAUCAAAUGAAAUAGAAUGUCAUCAUUGACACCCAA